AUGUCCAACCCAAUUGAUACCGAGCCCGGCUCCGAGCGCUUCAGCGACUACGAAGCGGAGCUGAAGCUCGUGCAGGCCGACCUCGUCCAGAAGCUUGACCAGAUCCCCGAACUGACGGGCGAGCCACGCAAGGCGGCUCUCUCGUCCGCCGAGCGCGCCCUUGAGGAAGCCGACGAGCUGCUCGCCCAGAUGCGCCUCGAGAAGGCCAACAUCCCCACCACCCUGCGCUCCAAGAUCAACGCCCGCUUCCGUAACCACGAGUCCGAUAUCGACUCCCACAAGCGCAAGCUGCGCUCCCUCGCCGAUGACCGCGCUGCCCUCUUCGGCGCCCGCUACACCGACAACCCCUCGGGCAGCGGACAGGACGUCCAGCUCGAGCAGCGCCAGCAGCUGCUGUCGGGCACCGACCGCCUCGACCGGUCCACGCAGCGGCUCAAGGCCAGCCAGGCCCUCGCCAACGAGACCGAGGGCAUCGGCGCCAGCAUCCUCGGCGACCUGCACACCCAGCGCGAGACCAUCCAGCACACCCACGACCGCCUGCUCGAGAGCGAGGGCUACGUGGACCGCAGCGUCAAGACGUUGCGGGGGAUGGCACGUAGGAUGGCUACCAAUCGGGUGAUCACCAUCUCCAUCAUCACAAUUCUCGUUCUCCUCAUCAUCGCCGUCAUUUACAGCAAGUUCAGAUAA